AUGUUACGCAACAUCAUCAGGUUCAAAGGAUUUGGAAAAGGGACCAGUGGAGGAUUUUUAAAACCUGUAUCAUUUCGUGUUCAGUUAACGCGAUGUUACCGCUAUGACAAUGGUCCUUCAUAUCGUCGAUUUAAUAAUGGAGAGUAUUCCCAAAAAUCAUCGUUUAAAAGCAUUCUUCUCGAUAAGUCAUCAAGAAAAUACUUAGCUUUAUUAUUUGGUGGAUGCUCUCUCUUUUAUUAUACACAUUUGGAUAAAGCACCGGUAAGCGAUAGGUCCAGGUUCAUCUGGGUAUCGCGUCCAUUAGAGUUAACUAUCGGAAAUUACACAUACAAAUCAAUUUGGAGACAAACGCAGCAGGAAAUAUUACCUCCACAGCAUCCGCUGUCCAUCAAAAUUGAGAAUAUUUUCAUGAAAAUUGUCGAAGCUGCUUAUAAGGACCCUAGUGUAGACAACUCACUACUGGACGGAAUCAAGUGGGAAAUUCAUGUGGUCAAUGAUCCAACUGCUUCACCAAAUGCAUUCGUUUUACCAGGGGGUAAGGUCUUUAUAUUCAGCUCUAUUUUACCUAUUUGUGCUAAUGAUGAUGGGAUUGCCACUGUUUUAGCACACGAAUUUGCUCAUCAGCUAGCAAGACACACAGCCGAAAAUUUGUCGAAGGCUCCUAUAUAUUCUCUUUUGGGUUUGGUGUUAUAUACUGUUACUGGAGCUCAUGCUAUCAACAAUAUACUAUUGGAUGGGUUUUUGCGAAUGCCAGCAUCAAGACAGAUGGAAACCGAAGCUGAUUACAUUGGCCUGAUGAUAAUGUCAAGGGCAUGUUUUCAACCACAGGAGUCAAUAAAAGUGUGGGAAAGAAUGGCAAAUUUUGAAAAGCAAAUGAAUAGAGGGGGUGUUGUGAAUAUGGAGUUUCUAAGUACACAUCCAGCAAGCACUCGUAGAAUAGAGAAUAUGUCGAAAUGGUUGCCAAAAGCUAAUGAAAUUUAUGAACAAUCUGAUUGUAGCAGUAUGGGUAACUAUUAUAAAAGUUUUUUCUCAAUGUAA